AUGGCUUUCUCCGCGCUCUCUCCUGCAAGAACGAUCCAUCUCCUCGAACUUCAUCCAGGCCCAACUUCGUCUGUCUUAUCAUGCAAGAUCCACCAGGCCUGUUUGGGCGAUCCACUUUUCAAGUAUAAAGCAUUAUCUUAUUGCUGGGGAGAUUCUGCAACCCCCGCAACAAUGUAUGUGGAUGGCAAGGCCGUCAAAAUAGGUCAUAAUCUUGAUCUUUGCAUCAAUCUUCAAGACCCAAAAGAGCGGAGCAGACUGGUAGCCAUGAUGAAAGAUAUUUAUGCUGGAGCCGAGGAAGUCGUGGUAUGGCUGGGAGAGGAAGGAAGUGAUACAUUGCGAGCCUUUCGGCUGCUCCACGGACUCGCUGAUCUCUGGGAUAUGGCCCCUGAGGAUGCCAAACGCUUACUUUCGUCCCUAGUAAGAAAUCAGCAAUUCAGAGCCCACUGGCUUGCUUUGGGGCAAUUUCUUGGACGCGCGUGGUGGCAGCGUAUCUGGGUCCUUCAGGAAAUCGUCAUGGCCCGUAAGUCAUUCGUCCUUUGUGGGCGUUGGGCUGCCGAAUGGGAUCAAAUUGAGAGAGCUACCGCAUCCUUCAAGGAAUCCUUCAUCUACAUUGACGAACUUCAAGAGUCCAACAUUUUUCAUCAGUCUGAGGAGCUGCGAACUUUCAGGCAAAAUGCCGCAAACCUCCUGUUAAUCAAGCGGCUGAGGAUUUUCGUCAAAGAUGGGUGCCUGAGAAGUAGUCGCCAUGACUUUUCAAACUUGUUGGAAUUGGCAAAAGACAAAGAUACAACGGAACCGCGGGACAAAAUCUAUGCGCUCCUGGGGAUUGGGAAAGAGUUAAAAUGUCCAGAUUUGCUAGAGGUUGACUAUGCGAUCACGGCCUGCCAACUUUACAUGCGGGUUUGCCAAGUUCUGUACCACUACACUGGCACAGUUAACUUUUUGGAACUGAUCGAGAGGGAUCGCAUCGCAAUGGAUGAACAGGAUUUGGGACUACCUGAUUGGUGUCCCGAUUGGAGGGCGCCUUCAGCUAGAAGUGACAGCUUCGCCUUUUUGGAUGGCGUAACCGUGUCACCUCGCUAUCCGAAUUCAGAGUCAAGAACCAUACGAUUGGAGUUCACCCGGGGUUCCACAUCUAAAUGCAAAUUCGACUUAGAGUCCAAGAGAUUGAUGGUGAAAGGAUUUAAAGUUGACAGGGUUCGGGCCGUCGAAAUGCGAUGGGUUGACCUUGAUGCUGAGUUUCGAGCAAGCCUAGAACCGACCAAAAGUUAUGGCAAAAGAAUCUGCUGGCACUUACCCAGCCCGGAGGAAGAACAUGAGUGCAACAUUUUCUGGUCCAGCAGAUUGAGUUCGGUCCGCCUGCCCGAAAACGAGAACGAGCUUACGCUGGGACCGCCUAACGUUAAAUCUCGAGAAGUUGCCCAAUUGAAUACUUCCUGCUUCAAGACUCAGCGGCAUCAACUACUUGGGCAGACGAACGUGCCUGUGCAGCAGGGAGACUACAUAUGCGCGUUUCUCGGUGCAAGGAUGCCUUACAUCCUCCGCCUACAAAAUGGUACAUGGCGUUUUAUUGGGCAAUGGUAA